GACCACACUCUAGACGACAACUUACUGCCUUCGAAACUCCACCCUAAGGGUGAGUUCCCAUACCGACCACCGACAACGAACGUGGGGGAUCUCGAUGUCCUUCCACCGGAACUACAACAGGAGAUUCUAUCCCAGUUAGACUUACGUAGUCUUACGGUCUUUCAACGAGUCAACAGACGCGCCACAGAAUUGGUGAAUUCUCUCCCACAAUACAAGACUAUCAAUACACAUGCUCUCAAUGCACUACGUGGCAUUCUGAGUAUUGAAACCGGGAAGUGGAUUACUUAUAAGACUCUAUACGAGAAACUGUGCACGCUAGAGUGCGAAAAUUACGGCGAUUUCGGUGGUUAUCUCUAUCUUCUCACUUAUAAGAGAGUCUGCUUCCUUUGUUUUUCACAGGACAGGCUUUAUCUGCCACUAUCGCCGAGACUUGCAAAGAGGAAGUUUGGAUUAUGUAGCCGAACCGUUAACACACUUCCAUGUAUGAAAGUUAUAUACGGGAAGUAUUCACCAAACGUGAAGAACGUUUACACUCCAUCAGUCCUGGUUGACUACAAGUCCGCUCUCCAUGCCGGCAUUGCGUUACACGGAUCGUUAAGCGCCAUGCACGAAUAUGUGGCAAAGAUGGAAGAUCAGAAAUGCAAGGCACACAACGCAAAGCAAUCGAGUCCGACCAGUGGCCAUCCGCGGCGGACACUAACAUUAAAUCCCUUUGAUAAACAGUCGGGAAACCCGUUUCGAUUUGUGGCAAUUGUCCAUGUAACAUGGUUCAAUAGAGCAUCGCAAGAGGUUGUACAGGGUUUCCACUGCGUCGGAUGUGAGAAGUCCUGCCGGCUACCUCUCCAUUAUAGACGAAAAUUUAUAGCUACAUCUUUCGAUAACCACUUGAAACGAUUCGGCAGUAUACAAAACGGAAAACAU